UCCAAUUUUUGCCAUUUUUGGUCAAAUUUUUGCCGUUUUCGGUCAAAUUUUGGCCAUUUUGGUGGAUUUGGGACCUUCUGGGUGGGUGGAGAACCUUUGGAGAACCUCAUGAAGGUCCACCUGGAGAACCUUCUGAAGGUCCACCAAAGGAGAACUUUGGAGUUGGAGAAAGAAACUUAUGGAGGUGGAGACUCCACCCCAAAAAUUUGGUGGGUUUGGGACCUUCUGGGUGGGUGGAGAAUCUUUGGAGAACCUUCUGAAGGUCCACCUGGAGAACCUCAUGAAGGUCCACCAGGAGAACUUUGGAGGAGGAGAAAGAAACUUAUGGAGGUGGAGACUCCACCCCAAAUAUUUGGUGGAUUUGGGACCUUCUGGGUGGGUGGAGAACCUUUGGAGAACAUUGAUGAAGGUCCACCAGGAGAACUUUGGAGGUGGAGAAAGAAACUUAUGGAGGUGACGACUCCACCCCAAAAAUUUGGUGGAUUUGGGACCUUCUGGGUGGGUGGAGAACCUUUGAAGAACCUUCUGAAGGUCCACCUGGAGAACCUUCUGAAGGUCCACCAGGAGAACUUUAGAGGUGGAGAAAGAAACUUAUGGAGGUGGAGACUCCACCCCAAAAGUUUGGUGGAUUUGGGACCUUCUGGGUGGGUGAAGAACUUCAGAAGAACCUUAUGAAGGUCCACCUGGAGAACCUUCUGAAGGUCCACCAAAGGAGAACUUUGGAGGUAGAGAAAGAAACUUGUGGAGGUGGAGACUCCACCCCAAAAAUUUGGUGGAUUUGGGACCUUCUGGGUGGGUGGAGAACCUUUGGAGAACCUCAUGAAGGUCCACCUGGAGAACCUUCUGAAGGUCCACCAGGAGAACUUUGGACCUUCAGAAAUAAACUUAUGGAGGUGGAGACUCCACCCACAAAAUGUGGUGGAUUUGGGACCUUCUGGGUGGGUGGAGAACCUUUGGAGAACCUCAUGAAUGUCCACCAAAGGAGAACUUUGGAGCUUCAAAAAGAAACUUAUGGAGGUGGAGACUCCACCCCAAAAAUUUGGUGGAUUUGGGACCUUCUGGGUGGGUGGAGAACCUUUGGAGAACCUUCUGAAGGUCCACCUGGAGAACCUUCUGAAGGUCCACCAAAGGAGAACUUUGGAGGUGGAGUAAGAAACUUAUGGAGAUGGAGACUCCACCCCAAAAAUUUGGUGGAUUUGGGACCUUCUGGGUGGGUGGAGAACCUUUGGAGAACCUUCUGAAGGUCCACCUGGAGAACCUCAUGAAGGUCCACCAAAGGAGAACUUUGGAGGUGGAAAAACAAACUUAUGGAGGUGGAGACUCCACCCCAAAAAUUUGGUGGAUUUGGGACCUUCUGGGUGGGUGGAGAACCUUUGGAGAACCUUCUGAAGGUCCACCUCGAGAACAUUGAUGAAGGUCCACCAGGAGAACUUCGGAGGUGGAGAAAGAAACUUAUGGAGGUGGAGACUCCACCCCAAAAAUUUGGUGGAUUUCGGACCUUCUGGGUGGGUGGAGAACCUUUGAAGAACCUCAUGAAGGUCCACCAGGAGAACCUCAUGAAGGUCCACCAAAGGAGAACUUUGGAGGUGGAGAAAGAAACUUAUCGAGGUGGAGACUCCACCCCAAAAAUUUGGUGGAUUUGGGACCUUCUGGGUGGGUGGAGAACCUUCUGAAGGUCCACCUGGAGAACCUUCUGAAGGUCCACCAGAGGAGAACUUUGGAGGUGGAGAAAGAAACUUAUGGAGGUGGAGACUCCACCCCAAAAAUUUGGUGGAUUUGGGACCUUCUGGGUGGGUGGAGAACCUUUGGAGAACCUUCUGAAGGUCCACCUGGAGAACCUUCUGAAGGUCCACCAGAGGAGAACUUUGGAGGUGGAAAAACAAACUUAUGGAGGUGGAGACUCCACCCCAAAAAUUUGGUGGAUUUGGGACCUUCUGAGUGGGUGGAGAACCUUUGAAGAACCUUCUGAAGGUCCACCUGGAGAACCUCAUGAAGGUCCACCAAAGGAGAACUUUGGAGGUGGAGAAACAAAAUUAUGGAGGUGGAGACUCCACCCACAAAAUUUGGUGGAUUUGGGACCUUCUGGGUGGGUGGAGAACCUUUGGAGAACCUUCUGAAGGUCCACCUGGAGAACCUCAUGAAGGUCCACCAGAGGAGAACUUUGGAGGUGGAAAAACAAACUUAUGGAGGUGGAGACUCCACCCCAAAAAUUUGGUGGAUUUGGGACCUUCUGGGUGGGUGAAGAACUUCAGAAGACCCUCAUGAAGGUCCACCUGGAGAACCUCAUGAAGGUCCACCAAAGGAGAACUUUGGAGGUGGAGAAAGAAACUUAUGGAGGUGGAGACUCCACCCCAAAAAUUUGGUGGAUUUGGGACCUUCUGGGUGGGUGGAGAACCUUUGGAGAACCUUAUGAAGGUCCACCUGGAGAACCUCAUAAAGGUCCACCAAAGGAGAACUUUGGAGGUGGA